CCCACUUUGAUCGAACAAAAUAUUUUUGUCCAGUUCUCUUUUUCACUGACCGCAACUGUCUCUCUUUCAGCCACUUCACAUUCCAAAAUACACAUCUUGUCUGUCAACAGAGCUCUGCACGGCACAUCAAAAUGUCUUCCAGCGAACAGACCUUCAUUGCUGUCAAGCCCGAUGGCGUUCAGCGUGGCCUGGUUGGCGAUAUCGUAAGCCGAUUCGAGAAGCGCGGAUACAAAUUGGUGGCAAUCAAGAUGGUGUCUCCUUCCAAGGAGCACCUCGAGAAGCACUACUCAGACCUCUCCGACAAGCCUUUCUUCAAGGGCCUCGUCACAUACAUGUUGAGCGGUCCCAUCGUCGCCAUGGUCUGGGAAGGCCGCGAUGCUUGCAAGACUGGUCGAUCCAUCCUCGGUGCCACCAACCCUCUCGCGUCUGCCCCCGGAACCAUUCGAGGUGACUACGCCAUUGACGUUGGUCGCAAUGUCUGCCACGGCUCCGACGGUGUUGAGAGCGCCAAGAAGGAAAUUGCGUUGUGGUUCAAGCCUGAGGAAGUCCAGAGCUGGAAGUCUGCCCAACAUGACUGGAUCUACGAGAAGGCAUGAACAGAGUCAUGACAGCACACCAGGAAAACAUGAGACUCCGAGCCGGAGCCAGUUGAAUAGGGUGCCUACGGCAAUGUCAGCCAUGACGAUGAAUCCCGCCCAAGUUUACAAGAGAUAGACUUACCGAAGUGGAGAAAUGACACGAAUGAUGAUUGCAUACGGUGUUUAAUCCCUUGGUUCACUUUCGGGUCGGAUGCCAAUCACAAUGGGGCAAUGGCAAGGCAUCAAAUCUUCGAUCUUCGAAAUAGUGCUUUUGUGGCAUUUCCGAUGGGGAUGAUGGCAAUCCGCGCAAACCAUGGGGAGCCCCAAACGCUGACGAGAAGACGCAAAGGCAGUAGAGCUUUCACUAAAGUAUAUGCUGUUGCGAACUCGAUCACCCAUCGUGUGGCACUUUCUCCUCGAUUGAACCACCGCGAGGCUGUGUCUUUGUGAUUUUCGAAGCGGCCAGCAUUGCCCUUCUUUGCCUCCUCUUCAACCUCCAUCUCGUCUUUUUCAUUGAUCCAGCCUUUCUUCCGGAAGUACCGCGCAAACUUCUCCACGCCUGCAGAGAUCCAAGCUCCUUCAGCAAAAUAUGGAGGGAGCCAGUGCCAGUAAUGGAAAGCUCCUGCUAGCCCGAAUAAUG